CACGUACCUGCAUGCUAUUGUGAUACCACCCCCCCCUCCCGAGUGCUGUUUUAAAUAGCGAGAGGCAGGUGUGACAUCGACACAAAGUCACAUCUCCUUCUCUAGCGCACCUUACAGUAACCGUGAAGACAACUUGUUCAAGGAGAACCACGACGCUUUUCGAUUCAAUAAACCUUCCAAGUCAACAAAUUACAGGUAACGUUUCCAUCUCUUUUAUCUGAUGAUGUGGAUAUAUACAAAAUAGCGAUUUAUUAGUUUUUAUGUUUGUUUUUUCACGUUUCACUGCAUGACGCAUUUUCAACACUGACAUAAUGGUAGUUUAUUAUUUGCAGCUGUUCGCUUGAUGAAUUGGUAGCCUACACUAUCAGAUCAUACAUUAUAAACGUUUUGGAAUACGGACGUUUUUGUGGUUUUUUGUCUCAUGAUUUAAUUUAAUUAAGGGAUCUACUAAUUAACAGUGGUGGAAAAAGUACCCAAUUGACAUAUUUGACUAAAAGUAAAGAUACCAUAAUGGAAAAUGACUCAAGUUAAAGUGAAAGUCAAUCAGUAAAACAUUACUUGAGUAAAAGUCUAAAAGUAUUUGGUUUUAAAUCUACUUAAGUAUCAAAAGUAAAUGUAUUUACUAAAAUAUAGGUAGAUAAAGUAAAACUAUAAAUAAUUUCAAAUGCCUUAUAUUAAGCAAACCAGACGGUAAAAUGGUCUUGUUUUUUAUUUGUGGAUAGCCAGGGCACACUCAAAUAUAAUCUACAAACGAAGCAUUUUUGUUUAGUGAGUCCCCCAGAUCAGAGGCAGUAGGGAUGGCCAGGGAUGUUCUCUUGAUAAGUGCGUGAAUUGGAUAAUUUUCCUGUCCUGCUAAGUAUUCAAAAUGUAACGAGAACUUUUGCGUGUCAGGGAAAAUGUUUGGAGUAAAAAUAACAUUAUUUUAUUUCGGAAUUUAGGCUAGUGAAGAAAAAGUGAAAGUAUAUUAAUAGUAAAGUACAGAUUCCCCCCAAAACGACUGAAUUACUACUUUAAACUAGUUUUAUUUAAGUACUUUACACCACUGCUAAUUAAUAAUGUGAAAACAAUUAUGGUCUAUUUUAAUUCAACAAUGUUACCCAUUCACUAAGCAAUGUUUUAUUGUCUUAUACACCACCAUGAAUUAAUGACCAAUCACCACACAAAUGGUAGGCCUAUGUUUAUUCACUGGAAUGUUAAUGUUUUUAUUCACGCUGGUAUGAUAGUUUCAUAUUGCCAUUGAUACAACUCAAAGCUUUUGAAAUAAACUUAGUAGUAUCAUCAUCAACAUGUGCAAGCCCAUAAAUGUAAGCAUAAGCAUGAUAGUGCAAUGCAUCUGACUGUUGAUGAUUACAUUUGUAAAUAUUUAAUUGUAUUCGUCCUUAACAAAUCAAUUAUUAGUAGUAGUAGCACUAGUAGUAUAUCCUAACCGUCUGGAUCUCCGUUACUUUAUCAGGAAUGGACAAUAGCAGCAGACUGAUGUUCGCAGUCGUCAUGGUAAUAGCGUACAUGGCGAUGAGAGGCCAGACUCAGAACUCCACAACGGCCCAGAACGCCACAAAUACAGCUAAUACUACUACUACGGGACCCAACACAACAAUGACUCUGACGACUGUGGCACCUAUUGUCAACAACACCGUCACACCUCUCACAGUGAGUUGCCUAGGCUACUUGUCUCACUGGUCUCACAGAGUCUCUGACUAGAAAAAGGAACCACACAUUUCCUCUCACUCUUUUUUUUCCUCUCAACAAAUUAUCACUACUUCUCUCCUCUUCUCUCUCUCUCUCUCUCUCUCUCUCUCUCUCUCUCUCUCUCUCUCUCUCUCUCUCUCUCUCUCUCUUUGCUCUGAAUUCAAACUGUAUUUAAAGUGAAUUUGAAGGAUUUCAGCAAUAAACCUCACACACUGCCAUGGAAACAGAAAACAGAUUUAGCAAAGUACCUGUUUGGGAGUUUCAUUUGCACUCAUAUACUACACUAUUUCAAAAGGAAUGACAAACAUGACAGCAACUAAUGAUGAACUCUUCAUACACAGGGAAACAUCUUAAGGGCGGAAUGUGGAAAGUCUCAGUUCUGUGCUGCUGUGCCAGACAACUGUGAUCCGUCCGUGGCUGGUUCCUGUUUCUUCGUCUCCACCAAGCAGUCCUCGGGACAGACCUUCUCCUUCCAGCUACGAGGAGUGUCCAGCGGCUACAUCGCUGUAGGCUUGUCCACAGACUCCAUACAGGUAUGGAAAACUGCCUUUAGAAUUACUAUACAUUUUACAAUACAAAGGACAAGGGAGUUGGGGUUGGAGAGAGAAGUCAUUUUAACUUUAGGAAAUUCAGGAUUUUGUCAAUUUGGGGUAUUGACAUUUACAUUUUAUUCAUGAAUUGGGAAGAAAUUGCCAAAAUGAAUACUUUUAAAAUUAUUAUUUGUUUAUUUGAAUUCAUCCUCUCUCUCCUCUACAGGGUGGUAAUGACACCACCUAUGUGUGUGCCAACAACAACAGCAUCGUCCAGUUCUUCACCACUCUCUUUGACAAAGGAGUUCUGACUGACACCAACACGGUGAGUUGGACCAAUCAGAACACAGUGUUUAAUUUGUGACUUUCUGGAAAGCCUUUCAGGGCGUGAUUUGAUUCCAGGCAAAUUCAGGAAGUUAACUAUAUUCAAUCAAUGAGUUUGAUGAGUUGGACAAGAUAUUGAGAGCACAAGUAUCAGUAUUCAUGAACUUGAAUUCUAUAUUUUCUGGAUGGUCAUUGAAGUUGGAUUUGACCCCAAUUCUCACACUUAUUCCCUGCAUAUACACUUGGGUGCCAUUUGGGAAACUGCCUGGGAGAAUAACAGUGUACCUGACCAAUUCUACAGUGUAGGCCUACUGACAUUUGUCUAAUGUUCAUUUUGGUUAAUGCUGUUGUGUUGUGUAGAUGGCUGUGAACUCUGUUCAAGGCUCAGUCAACGAUCAGAUCAUCCAGUGCACCUUCAAUGCUACUGUCCCCAACGCUACGGUGACCACGAGCACCCGGGGCUCUGCCACUACCUUCUUCCUCAUGAUCUUAAAAGGGAACUUCACUAACGGUGAGGCACUUUUCCAAACACGCUGCGGGUGAAGUUUCCCCUAGGUACAUAUCUAGGAUCAGCUUCCCCUCCCCAAAUUCUCACAUUAACCAUUACUGGAGGAAAUGCUAAACUGACCUCAGAUCAGUGUAUAGUGGUCCGUCUCUAUCUCACCCUCUCUAUCUCUAUCUCUAUCUCUCUCUCUCUCUAACUCUCUCUCUCUCGCUCUCUCUCCUUGUUCUCGUCCCUCAGGAAUACUGGGUAGUCCCACUGCUGUCCUGUUCAGUAGUAAAGGGGUGGACCUGGGCAACCCCAACGCUACUGUGACCAACUCUUUGAACGCCAACACCACCGCUGGUAAUGCCACCACUACUGCUGCUCCCUCCAGCCACGCCUUUGUCCUGCAGCACACCCUGUCUCAAGGUAAUAAGCCCAUAAGAAGCACCACUAACACUUUAUAAUGAUAACUGAUAACAUGAUUAAGCAUUAAUAAACUAUUUAUAAAAUAAUUUAUAAGCAUUAAAAGCACUGCAAGAACAUGUAUGACCAUUCAUAACAUUGCAAUUCAUGGAAGUUAUUAUGUGUUACCGUAGUAACUCAUCUCAAAUAAUCCCAUGUUACUUAGAGUAGAAAACCAAUAUGAAAGGUUAAAUAAUUUUCUCUCUGUCUCUCUCUCUCUCUCUCUCUCUCUCUCUCUCCUCUCUCUACUUCUCUCCCUCUACUCUACUUCUCCUGUCUCUCUCUCUCUCUGUCUCUCUCUCUCUCUGUUCUCUCUCUCUCUCUCUCUUCUCUCUCUGUCUCUCUCUCUCUCUCUCCUUUCUCUCUCUCUCUCUCUCUCGCUCUCUCUACUUCUCUGUCUCUCUCUCUCUCACUCUACUUCUCUCUGUCUCUCUCUCUCUCUGUCUCUCUCUCUCUCUGUAUCUCUCUCUCUCUCUCUCUCUCUCUCUGUCUCUCUCUCUCUCUCUACUCUCUCCUCCAUAGCUCUCGAUCCUGCUAGGUGUACUAAGUAUGAUGAUGCUGUAAUGCAGGUCUGAAAGUGAAGAUGAAAUGUCCCUUUAAGAAAUAAGAAGUUUAUGUGAAAACAGAUCCUCCAUAUUUGUCUACCCCCAUGUCAUCCUCUACAUGUAACUCAUUUAUUUGUACCAAUUUUAUUUUAUUUUAUUCUCUCUUUGCUGAUAUCGCGUUAUGAAGGAAGACAUGUUUGUCUGUGUUUCUUGGUGUAAGUGUUUGUUUCCGCACACAUACCCCCCUCUGGGUACAGACGUCAAUUCAACGUUAAUUCAACGUCGGUUCAACAUCAUUUAAUUGAAACGACGUGGAAAUGUUGAUUCAACCAGUGUGUGCCCAGUGGGCCAUAGAUGAAGUCACAAGGGCUGCGUUUAGACAGGCAGCUGAUUUCUGAUCUUUUUGCAUCAGAUCUUUAUUCAGAGCUGAUCUGAUUGGUCAAAAGACCAAUUAGUGAGAAAAAAAAAACAGAAUUCGUCUGCCUGUCUAAACGCAGCCAAGGUGGCAGAAAUUGGAAUUUGUGGGUGUAUACUGUGUGUAUAUACUGUGUGUGUGAGGGAUUUUGUGUGUGUGUGAAGGCGUGCACAAUGAUGAAGCCACUGGAUGGUGAACUGUUCCUCCUGAUUACCCUUUUAAAGUAUGUGCAAUUAUGGAAAUAUUUUUAUUACCACAUGUUUUAAAUAAAUACUUUUUACAAUACAUUGGAUGUUUUAUUAUCUUUCAUGGGUCUAAUUUUAUUUAAUCUACUGACGACAAAAAAGGACAACAUUUAACAUACUGUAAUAUACACUCAACAUCUGUACACAGGCUCAACAAGGGCCUAGUGGUUAAGAGUUUUGGGGGCCAGUAACUGAAAAGUUGCUGGUUCAAAUCCCUGAGUCGACCAGGUGAAAAGAUCUGUCUGUGCCCGUAAGCAAGGCACUUAACCCUAGUUUUUCUGUAUAAGAGUGUCUGCUAAAUGACUCAAUAACGUUGAAUAUUUUUCAAGUCAUGUUUGCUGAAAUCCUCCGCAUCUCUACAAUAAAUCAGGUACUUACCCUUAGUCUCUCAGACUUACAGAGACGAGCAGAGCUAGGAUAUAGUACAAUAGAGAGGAAGAGAGCUAGAGCCUCGACUAGAGAUGCUGAUAUCUGAUAGCGAUUCGCUCUAAGAGAGAUGCUAUAUCUUCUCUGUUAUAUCCUCUCUAUCUCUCUCUAUAUCUCUCUCUCUCUAUCUCUAUCUCUAUCUCUCUCUCUGUUUUUGGUCCCAGCCACCCUAUUUCCUACUUAGUGCACUCCUUUUGACCAGGGCCCUAUAUAGGGAAUAGGGUGCCAUUUGGGACGCAAUCUCAGUGUCCUACUUGCUCCUAUACUAAUCCUAGCCAGCCUCAGACCUCACCGCAGGUCACUGAGGGAUACAGUACAUGACAUGAGAUAAUGAUUUGAUUGGUUUGUAUAGUCGCAUUACCGGGCCAGUGUUUCCCAAACUUUGUCCUCGGGAUCCCAAGGGGUGCACGUUUAGGUUUUUGCCCUAACACUACACAGCUGAUUCAAAUUAUCAAAGCUUGAUGAUUAUUUGAAUCAGCUUUGUAGUGCUAUGGCAAAAACCAAAACGUGCACCCCUUGGGGUCCCGAGGACCGAGUGGGAAACCCUGCAUUUCCCUCUCUCUUCUUCUCCAAAAACAUAGAUUGACAGAUUGGUUUCUUAGGCAAAAAUAAAACACAAGAAAGCUACAUUUAAAAGUGCAUCCAUCAUUUAAUUGAAUUCAACAAAAGAACAUGUGAAUCUUACAGAGAAGUCAUUUCUAUAGCCCAGAUCAGAUCAGGUAAAUAUGAAUAGCUAUGUAUCAAUAAAGAGGCUCUGCUUUUAAACAUUUAAGUAAAACCUCUUGUUUUCCAUUGUCCUCUUUAGGGCGCUUUCAAAAGGAAAUGGAUUGUCCAUGGCAAAGUGCAUUUCAUAUUAUGAUGUUGUCAUCCAAAGUCCCGGCACCAUUGACAACACCAACAGAACAUAUAAUGAGCGGCGAUUAGUUGUUUCCCGCUGUCACUCAUAUCGGGGUUGAACAAAGGUAACACUCUCUCAGUGAACUGGUUUCCCCGUGAACUAAUAAAUAGGUGACCUGCCCAUCACAUGACACCAUCCCCUCACCGUCAACCACAAACACCCUUCACCUUCCACGGUUUCUCUCCUAGGUGGAUUAACACAGACUGUCUGUACUCACUUCCUCUCCUCAAAUAUAUCAUCCAAUAGCCCUCCUCGGGGCUCAACGUGACCACGCCCUUCCUGUUGAUGGACUCCAUGGCCACGCCUUGCUCCCAAGCUGACUCGUCUCUGACCUGGACCAAUUGAAAAAGUAUAACUCAAACACUUAUAGUCUUGUAGUAGCAUUUCCAAUACCUAUAGGUAAGGUUCCUAUAGGAUUACCUAUACCAACAGUAUCACCAGGUGCAUGGACAGAAACGGUAUACUGAAAAAUAAAACAAACUCCAGCCCUUUGGUGAUCCUGAUGCUCCACAGAUUUAAUGUCUUUUAACAAUUAUUUUUGUCUCAACAGACCUUAAUCAGGUAAAAUGGUUUUUCAAUUUCAGUACAAACCCACCUCAACCUCCCAGUAGGUCCGGGAGGCUCUGCUUCGUGUCCCCAUCCAAGACCAUCUUACCAUCUUCAGACAGGACCAACCAGAGGUUGGCAGUGCUCGGGUGCAAGGAUACGUCAACUAUGAGGAGACAGAAGAUAGAUAA